GUGAGAACAAGCUAAGUCGAAGAAAGAGCUGUACGCAUUCAUAGAAAUUAAGAAGCUUGGCAGCGACUUAAAAUCAGCUAAUAAACAAUAGCAAAUUAUUGUAAAUUAAUUCAGUUCUAACCUUCGCAAAGUGUGAUUAUUAAAUCAGUGAACACUGUGUGCGCCCGGAAGGGAUAUAAUCCGCGUACGCACGCUUGUACGUGCCGCGUUACGUGAGCACUUAAAAACGAAGUAAACGCACACGAAGUUUCGAAAAUGUCAACUCUGCGUGUACGCAAUGACGCGCCUUGCGUUUUCACGCUUGUCGCGCGCGUUUUUUGCAUGCUGGUCGCUUUCGGCGGUAGCGUCAAUGCCAAGGUGUACGAUCGUUGCGAGUUGGCGCAAGUGUUGCACAAUCGGCAUCGACUCGAUUUGCAUGAGGUCGCAACGUGGACUUGCAUAGCGCAGCAUUCGAGCGAUUUCAAUACGGAGGCUUACGCGGGUGGACUGGCUGGCGGUUCACACGGUCUCUUCCAGAUAAGCGAUGUGUUUUGGUGUUCGCCACCGGGCAAAGGAUUCGCCUGUAAUUUACCUUGUGAACGUUUAAGGGACGCCGAUUUGACGGAUGACUUACGCUGCUUGCGUAUUAUCUACGACGAGCACCAACGGCUUUCCGGUGACGGUUAUAAUGCAUGGAAUGCUUAUCAGCAGUUUUGUCGUCAUGGUGUCGAGAGUUAUGUCGCAGACUGUUUUCCAAAUCAACGCAUAGCGCCUGUGGCUCAGCAGACAUUCACACACACCGCUUUUGCCAGCGCGCCAGCGCCGUAUUAUACAUCCAACGACUUGGCGGUGCACACGAACUCCAUAAAUAACGGUUAUUCCACGCAUAAACGCGGCAAGAUCUACGAUCGCUGUGAGCUGGCGCAGGAGCUGUACUACAAGCACAAAAUGCCGAUGGAACAGAUACCCACCUGGGUUUGUAUUGCACAACAUGAGUCCAACUUCGAUACCUCGGCUGUGGGACGUCUAAAUGCUGACGGUAGCGCCGACCAUGGACUCUUCCAAAUCAGCGAUCUCUACUGGUGUUCGCAUGAUCGUUAUAGUGGCGGCAAGGCUUGCGGCCUACAAUGUACGAAGCUGCUGGACAACGAUAUCAGCGACGAUGUGCGUUGCAUCAAGCGCAUUCAUGGUGAACACACGCGCAUUUCAGGUGACGGUUUCACCGCUUGGUCCGUUUACAACCGCGACUGUCGCAACCAGCAGUACUCAUUUAUAUCUGCAUGCUUCCAAGAACCACCGUUACAACACGCAGCUAAAACACACGUUCAAACUGCACCCUCCCACACAUUCCCCUCCUUCCAGGCGCAUCCCGCAUUCCCGCAGACAUCCCUACAGCCGCAAUUCCAGUCAAAUCCCUUCCUUCAACACAUUGGCGUUCCCCAGGAAUCCAAACAAACACUACAAAAACACCACCAACACAAAUACACAUCCCCCAAAAUUGUAACACAGACACACAAUCCACAAACACACAAGGGUAAAGUUUAUAAACGUUGUGAAUUAGCUCAAGAAUUGUAUUUUAAACACAAAUUUCCAAUGCAGGAUAUAGCUACGUGGGUGUGUAUCGCCCAACAUGAGUCCAACUACGAUACAGCAGCGGUUGGACGGCUCAACGGCGACGGCAGCGCGGAUCAUGGACUCUUUCAAAUCAGCGAUCUCUACUGGUGUGCACACGACAGUUUUGGAGGCAAGGCGUGUAACAUACCGUGCGCGAAAUUACUCGAUUCCGACAUUACCGAUGACGUACGCUGCAUACGUAUCAUACACGAAGAGCACACACGCAUUUCGGGCGACGGGUUUACAGCGUGGACGGUUUAUAAUCACCACUGUCGCGACCAGCAGAUCGAACAAGUGUCGGCGUGUUUCGAUGCCAACGAGAUAAGUAAGACACAGGUAAUUGGCGGCAGUAGCAACAAUAAUUACCACAAUGUAAUAGCAACCACAACAACAGCGCUGGCGUUGCCGGCGGCGAAGGGUAAGGUCUACAAGGAAUGUGAGUUGGCGCAGGAACUCUACUACAAGCACAAAAUGCCGAUGGAACAGAUACCCACCUGGGUCUGUAUUGCUAAACAUGAAUCCAGUUUCAACACCGCAGCUGUGGGGCGUCUAAAUGCCGAUGGUAGCGAAGAUCAUGGACUCUUUCAAAUCAGCGAUCUGUAUUGGUGCACGCAUGAUGAAUACGGCGGUAAGGCGUGCAACAUACCGUGCCACAAACUGCUCGACUCGGACAUCAGCGAUGAUGUGCGUUGUAUCAAAACCAUAUAUGCCGAACACACACGUAUUUCCGGCGACGGGUUUACAGCGUGGACGGUUUAUAAUCGAAAUUGUCGCAAUCAACGUUUGGAACGCGUGGCCAGUUGCUUUCCGGAGGAGGACUUGCACAAGUCACAGCAUACACAACCUGCAGUGGAGAUCAAUACUGUCGCGCAUGAUGAAACCGGUGUCGCUGUUGGUAAGGGUAAAAUCUAUCAGAAAUGUGAGCUGGCGCAAGAGUUGUACUUCAAGCACAAGAUGCCGAUGAAGGACGUGCCGACGUGGGUUUGUAUCGCACAGCAUGAAUCUAGCUUCAACACUGCCGCUGUAGGACGUCUGAAUGCCGACGGCAGCGCUGAUCAUGGACUCUUCCAGAUUAGUGAUCUCUAUUGGUGUUCACAUGAAGACGCCAACGGCAAAGCUUGCCACAUUUCAUGCAACAAGCUGCUGGACAAUGAUAUCACAGAUGACGUGCGUUGCGUGAAAACGAUUUACGAAGAGCAUAUGCGUCUCAGCGGUGAUGGCUUUACGGCGUGGACGGUUUAUAAUCGCAACUGCCGCAAUCAGCAAUUGGAACGGAUAAGCGCGUGUUUCGACAGCAAACUGUUGCAGCAGGCGCAACAAGCCAACGAAAUUCCGCAACGUGAGCCAACUACUUAUCUUACACAAUCCUCUAAUAUUAACCAAAUAACCACUUUGCCGAAUAAAAUCAAACACAGAGAUGAAUUAAACCAUCCAUUUGUAAAUAAUCCCUUCCUUAAUCAAUUUAGUGCUGUGAAAUUUGUGCCAACAACCAUGAAACCUAAAACAACCGCGAAACCCAUUGCACAUUACGGCGUCACUAAUGAAAUUGUAGCUGCAAAAGCUGACUUUGUAAAUAAUCCAUUCUUAAAUCAAUUCAUACAAACACAACAAAAACCACACAGUGCCGCCAAAGUGCCACAAACUGUAACAAAUACUAACUUUAUUCCCGCUGUACCAACCACUGCCCCCUAUGCUGCCAACCCCUUCCUAAGUAAAUACCAGCCAACUGAAACUAAACAACAAACAUUAACACCCACAAUAAUACAACAUCCGCAAAAACAAAGUUAUCACUCUAACCCAUUUCUCUCCAAAUAUACCGGCCAGUCGGCAAGCUUCUCACUAACCGAAACAACAAAUAAAAAACCAUUCAAUGCUGCCAUACAAAGCGUACAGUUAACACUGCCAAAACCGCAAACCUCGCAACAACAAAAUUUCCACUCAAACCCAUUUUUAACACAAUUCAUCGAACAGCCUUCAAGCUUAACUGCCCAUAAGCCCGUAUCUGCAGUUAACCCACCGCGAAGCCAAAUAGUCGCACAAUAUCAGAAUAAUCCUUUUCUUCAACAAAUUUCAGCAGCCUCUCAAACUAGCGCUAUUCAAGCAAGCUCACAAACCCAACAACAACACGUACGUCCGACGCCGAGCAGCACUGAAAAGACCAAGCUACAUGUUUACCCCACAAAGCCCUAUGUGAAUAGUGAGGUGUUUCGUACAACACCAGUCAAAAUAUCUGCUUCCGCUACGGAUCACAAGUCAAGCACCGAAACCAAAGUUUCCGCUACAGCAAAACCGAUAACCACAACCACCCGAAAACCCCAAACUCAAACUACGAAACAAUAUUAUACCACUUUGCUCACAACCACCACCACAAAGAGGCCCACAACAGUGGCAACCGUUAUACGAAAACCCACAACAAAUAAUGCAGGAAGCGCGACUAAGCGACCGAGCACUACAUGGAACUGGCAACAAGUACAGUCCGCGAAAGCCACAAGCACAACUGGACAACCAGUAACUCAGCGACCGUCAACUCAGCGACCAACAUCUAGGCUAACGACAACUCGACAACCAAUAAUUCAGCGACCAACAACUCGGCAACCGACAACCAGGCAAACGACAACUCGACCACCGACAACUCGGCAACCAACAACUCGGCAAACGACAACCCAGCAACCGACAACUCGGCAACCGGCAACUCGACUACCGACAACGAAGGCAAAACCGCAAGUAAGCACAACCCGUGCGCCACAAACUACGCCGAGAUCAACCAAACUGUCCAAUAACCAGAAGACGCCAAUAAACAAGGGAAGUACACCGAAAUCCUCGGCUUGGACAACAACGAUAAAACCACAGACUACGAAGAAUCCCGGAUUGUAUCAAGAAAAGAAGACUACUUGGAACGCCUUCGCCACGGCAACUACGAAAAGACCGACUGUAACCACUAAAAACGUUGGAAUCCAGAAACCGCUAACGACUACAACAACCAGAAGGCCAACAACCACACAGAACGCUGGACUUCGAAAACCCACAACUGCCGCAACAACAAGAAAACCAACUGCUAAACCAAGUACCACCAAAACUACCUCAAAGAAUACUAACGACAAAACUGCCAACCUUAGAGUCACUACCACUACAACACGUAGACCCGGAACCAGCGCAAGAACGCCGGUAACACAAAAGACUACCGCUACUAUAAAGACUACCACUACUAAGCGCCCAACUACAACAACGCAAAGAGCAACCAAACGCGCAACACCUAAUAGUAAAACUAGUUCUAAUUACAGUACAACAAAAGUGCAACAACAACAUUAUGCUACAACCACGACAAGAAAACCGACGACAACUGUCAGAACGCCGACAACGCCAACUACUUUCGCUGCCACAAAGCCACCAGCAAACGCUCACCCAACUAGACGUCCACCGACAGCAAGUCUAAAUAAUUUUAGUACCACAAAAGUGCCAUAUACGACUAAGCAAAUUACAACAGCAACGCCGUUUACCCAGUACACCAAACCAAGUACACAAAAACCAAAAGUCACCACAACAAAACCGACAGCAUUGACGAAAACUACUAGCACGACACGAGGAACUACGCGAAAACCCGCUCUAUAUGUCGCGAGCGCAACGAAUCAAAAACCGAAUGUCACGCGAAAUCCAGUCCAUACUACACCUACGAAAGCCUCACUAACCGUAACAACAGCCAAAUACCGCGAUGAUCCGUUCAGCCACCCGUUCUUCGACAAAUAUAAGGAACAAUUCAAAGUAUUCACCACGACAACGACACGAAAGCCCACGAGUGCCGUCAAACAGCAUCCGGUGCAAGCACACUUCGGCGAGGAGAGCGAAUAUUAUAAGCAAUUCCGAGAUCAUGCAGCCGGCAGCGCGAAGACCGUUUAUGCCUAUGCCUUUGGACAAAACGGUACGCUGGCUGGACAUUACGGUAGGUAGAACCUUUCGAAUCAGGACAAUUAGAAGUGAAGUUUGCCGCGAACAUAAUACUCAAGACUCUCAACGAAAAUAAUACUCAACUUAUGGGAUGCCUACAUAUAAAGUGGAAUUUCAAAGUAGUUCUAAGCGCUUUAUAUACCAUAUAUGAACGAAAACUGCUUGUUAAUUUGUGAUGCUGUCAAAAUGUGAUUUUUAUUAUAACUGCACUUGCGAAGAGAUGUGUACACUUCGGGUGUAACAGUAAACGGUUGCAUACAUUUCCGUGACACCAGCUGCAUUAUUCAACAAAUUGCAUGUUUAGAUAGUUUUUAAAUAUGUUUUUUCUAACUGUUAUGUUUUAUAUAAAUAUACAUAUAUAUUUCUAAUUAAUUAUACCAUGUAUUUAUAUACUUUUCACAUUGUGUACACGGAAAGUAUACUAAAUAAUUAAUUUAAGUGAUAAGCGUCGAUAUAUUUGCACACACACACAUAUAUAUACAUA